AUGCUGGCGAAAACGGGCGAUGUAGUGGUACAGAAGGUGCCGGUUAUCCGUUUGUCCGUUUUUCUUCAUUUUUUUUUUGUUUUUCCCUUUUGUCUUUUGCACCGCUUAUAUAUGGGUAUGAAACAAGUUCAAGAAUUUAUAAUGGAACCCAAAGGUUCAGUCUUUGUAGUUCGAGCGACAUUGCGCGUUUCCUUAGAAAACGCUGGAAAGAUAUUCUUUAACGAGACGGAGUAA